AAUUUAUAUUUUAAUGUUGCAGAAUUAUUGAUUAAAGCUGGAAAAUAUCAUUGCCAAUAUUGCUUCUACUCGAGCUGUCGUAGAGCCGAUGUAAAAAGGCAUUUGAGAAUUCACACUGGAGAAAAACCUUUUCAGUGUUUACUUUGUAAUAGAAGUUUUAAUCAGAAGUCUGUUCUAAAAACCCAUAUGGCAACUCACUUGAAACGAAGAAGCGACUUAACCACACAUAUCAGAACACAUACUGGGGAAAAACGCUUUCACUGUGACAUUUGCAACAAACGCUUCAUUCAAAAAUCUCAUUUAGACCGCCAUAUUAUUACUCAUUUAUAGAAUAAUUUCUUUUGACUGAAGCUGAUUUUAAGAUAUGUAUGUUAUAAAUGCUUGUGUAUAACAGACUAACAUUUUUAUUUGCAGCUACAACUUAAAUUUUGCUGCUUUUAAUUUGUUUAAUGUAAGUGCUUUCUUUUUAAUACUGAUUUUAUGAAUGAUGUGCCAUAUGUAGCUAUUACUUUAAUCUAAUUACUUUUAAUCUGUUUACUAUGUGUGUUGUGUUAUUUAUAAGUUUUAGUUUUUUAUUUUUAACAAAGAACUAUCUGCAAAGCUUGUUAGGUCUCAACUUCAAGUGUUUUGGAAAUAUUUUUACCAUUGUCUUAAUAUUUAUCAUAAGUAAACUAAUAUCUCAUGAAAAAAAUUUAUCAAUUUUAUUUAAAUCCUUUUAUGUUUAACUAUCAAUUUAUAUUGCUCUUUUAACUUUCAUUAAACUUCUUUUUUUUUAUUGUGUCAUGAGAAUUUUAUGAAUUAAUGAAGCAAGAUAUUUUUCCUUAUAAAAUUGUACUUAAUUUUUGCUUGUGUACUUACAUUUAACCUGUAUAGCUUAUGAAAGAUUAAUUCUUUCUUUAAAUAUGGUUUAUAAAAAGUUUUAAUGUAGCAAUUUAUUUUUCUAUAAAACUCUUUCACAU